AUGGCGCCCAGGCUGCCGUCCCGGUGCUGGUCGGCCUGCCACCUCCAGCAGCGGACAUCCCAACUCCUCCUCCCACAUCUCGAGACGGCUGCCCUGAGGAGACCAACGAUUAGCCCAUUGGCCGGCCCUUCAUCAUCAUCCUCACACCUCCUGCUGCCCCGAACGACGACCCGCGGUGUCAAGUAUGGCUGGAGCAACACCCUCCCCAAGCGCGGCUCCAAGGCCACACGGUUCAACCAGGUGACGGCUGGCCUGCCCGCACCCACGGCCGGUCCUGCGGCCGCCCUCAAGCGCAAGGAGAACACGACGCCCGUGCGCGCCGGCGUCAUCGCCAUCAAGAAGGGCAUGACGGCCCUUUUCACCCGCCGCGGCACCCGCAUCCCCUGCACCGUCCUGCAGCUGGACUCGGUCCAGGUUCUGCUCAACAAGACCCGCGAGAACGCCGGCUACUUCGCCGUCCAGGUCGGCGCCGUCCCCAAGCGGCCCUCCACCGCCCUCGCCCCCCAGCUGGGCUACUUUGAGGCCAAGGGCGUCGAGCCAAAGCAGCACGUCGCCGAGUUCCGCGUCCGCAACGAACAGGGCCUGCUGCCCGUCGGCGUCCAGCUCCAGCCUGACUGGUUUCACGUCGGACAGUGGGUCGACGUGCGAGGCACGAGCCGCGGCAUGGGUUUCGAAGGUGGCAUGAAGAGGCACGGCUUCAGCGGCCAGAACAAGUCGCACGGUAACUCGCUCAACCAUCGCACGGGCGGUUCCGUCGGUCCCUCGCAGGGCAGUGGUUCCAGGGUCCACCCGGGCAAGAAGAUGCCCGGUCGCAUGGGAGGGCAGUCGGCGACGGCCCAGAACCUGUCGGUGCUCAAGGUCGACAACGACCUGGGCAUCGUCGUCGUCAAGGGCGCUGUCGCGGGCCCCAAGGGCGGCAUUGUCAAGAUCCAGGAUGCUGUCCUGAAGCCGCCACCGCCUGAGAAGUGGAUCAGGGAGUCUCUCGAGACGCUGAUGAAGCGCCACCCCAACCACGAAGGCUUCUUGGAGGCUGCCAGGGCCAGGCAUCUUGAGCUCAAGGAGGCUAGGCGGACUCACUCUGUCAGGAGGUUGGUGUCGCCAGACCAGCCUAGGAGGAAUCGUCUCAAGCCUGACCCUGCCGUCUGGGGCGAGUUGGCGCAGCUAUGA